ACCGCGCUGCUGCGCGGCGGCCUCGUGCAGGACCCUUACUACAGAUUUAAUGACCUUGCCUACAGAUGGAUCUCCCUGGAUAACUGGACUUACAGCAGGACAUUCGAAACUCCUUUUGAUGUCAGCAAAUGGCAGAAAGUGAAUUUGGUUUUCGAGGGAGUAGAUACAGUAGCACAAAUCCUGGUCAAUAAUGUCACUGUUGGAAGAACAGACAACAUGUUCAACAGAUACAGCUUUGAUAUUACUAGUGUGAUCAAGAAGGUCAGUUUUAUUGAGGUUCGUUUCUUAUCGGCCAUUUCAUACGCAGCUGAGAAGAACAGAUAUCACAAAGCAUACCAAGUACCUCCAGAGUGCCCUCCCCCAGUACAGAAAGGAGAAUGUCAUGUUAAUUUCAUCAGAAAGGAACAGUGUUCAUUUAGUUGGGACUGGGGUCCUUCUUUUCCCACCCAAGGAAUCUGGAAAGAUGUUAGGAUUGAAGCUUAUAACAUCUGUCACCUGAUUUACUUCAGUUAUAUCCCCAGCUAUGUGAAGAGUGCUCAGCAGUGGAGUCUUGAAAUAGAGUCUGUUUUUGAUGUAGUCAGCUCAAAGCCAGUUGCUGGUCUCAUGACAGUGAACAUUCCCAAGCUGCAAACACAGCAGAUAUAUACUGUAAAGCUUCAUCCUGGGGAAGAUAGCAUUGUGCUGCUCUUAAACAUCAACAAGAGUGCUUCAGUGGAAACUUGGUGGCCUAAUGGUCAUGGAAACCAAACUGGAUACUACAUGACAACAACUUUCAUCAUGGAGGCAGGAUACAAGAUUGAGAGACUUUCAGAGGUGUAUUUUCGAACAGUGGAACUUGUUGAGGAGCCUAUACCUGGGUCAUCAGGUUUGAGCUUCUACUUCAGAAUCAAUGGACUCCCCAUUUUCUUCAAAGGAUCCAACUGGAUUCCAGCAGAUUCCUUCCAGGACAGGGUCACCUCUGAUAUAUUGAGGCGCCUCCUGCAGUCCACAGUUGAUGCUCACAUGAAUGCACUUCGGGUGUGGGGAGGAGGAGUGUAUGAGCAAGAUGAGUUCUAUGAUAUCUGUGAUGAACUGGGAAUAAUGAUUUGGCAGGAUUUUAUGUUCGCAUGUGCUCUUUACCCAACUGACCAGAACUACUUAGAAUCAGUAAGAGCUGAAGUUACUCAUCAGGUAAAGAGAUUAAAAUCUCAUCCAUCCAUUAUUUUAUGGAGUGGAAACAAUGAAAAUGAAGCAGCAAUUGCAGACAACUGGUUCUCUAUCCCUUAUGCUGAGAAGAAUGUUUUUGUCAAAGACUAUGUGAUGCUUUAUGUGAAGAAUAUCCGAGAAAUUGUUCUUGCUGAGGAUAAAAGUCGUCCUUUUAUUGUGUCUAGUCCCACCAAUGGUCUUGAAACCAUUAAAGAAGGUUGGCUCUCCCCAAAUCCUUAUGAUACCCACUACGGUGACGUUCACUUCUAUGACUACACCAGGGACUGCUGGGACUGGAGAAUAUAUCCUAAAGCUCGAUUUGCCUCAGAGUACGGGUUUCAGUCCUGGCCUUCCUUCAGUACACUGGAAAAGGUCUCCUCUGCAGAUGACUGGUCUUAUGCAAGCAAUUUCUCUCUCCAUCGACAGCACCAUGCCAGUGGUAAUUAUGAAAUGCUUCAACAGGCGGGACUUCACUUCAAGCUGCCCCAGAGUGCAGACCCCUUAAAAAAGUUCAAGGAUACAAUUUACCUCACUCAGGUUAUGCAGGCCCAAUGUAUAAAAACAGAAACCGAGUUCUAUCGUCGUUCUCAAAGCGAGGUAAUUGAUGGACAGGGACAUACGAUGGGAGCGCUGUAUUGGCAACUCAAUGACAUCUGGCAGGCCCCUUCAUGGGCUUCCCUAGAGUAUGGUGGCAAGUGGAAAAUGCUCCAUUACUUUGCCCAGCAUUUCUUUUCCCCAUUGUUGCCUGUUGCCUAUGAAGAUGGUGGUGUACUGCACAUUUAUGGUGUAUCAGAUCUUCACUCAGACUGUGAGCUAACACUCAAAGUCAGUGUACACCAGUGGAGUUCUGUGGAGCCACUGUGCACCUUUGCUACCGGGGAUGUGACUGUUAGGGCAGGGAGUGCUGCCCCCAUCUACAAGGAGCCUGUAAAUGAUUUGUUGAAAAGAUGUGGUAACUGUACCAGGCAAAGCUGCGUCGUCACCUUUUACCUUGUGGGGAAAGGUGAACUCUACAGUCCUCGCAACUAUCACUUCCUGUCAUCAUUGAAGGAUGCAGUAGGAUUGGAAAAAGCACAGCUCAGUGCCACCAUAUCUCAGCAAAGUGACCACUAUAUUUUUGUUCUCCAGACCACUGCAGUUGCUCCUUUUGUUUGGCUGGAUGUUGAGAAUAUAAAAGGGAGGUUUAAUGAUAAUGGAUUUCUCAUGACUCAGAAGAGAAAGGUGGUUGUAUUUUAUCCUUGGGAGCCCACCAGCAUCAAGGAACUUGAAAGAUCACUCUGCUUGACUUCACUAUCAGAUAUUUACUGAGGGGAUCUCAGUUCCUUUAGGGAGAAAUAGCAGAAUAGAAACAGGAAAACUUGAACAUAACUAACAAUCAAGAGAAGCUGACCACAGAAUGUAUUGUCCACCUCUGUUAUGCGUACAUUCCUGAUUGUUUGGUUCAAUAUAAAUAUGUUUGCAGCUAAUACAUAUAAUGUUAAAAGAUCUGCUUUCUUAGGUAACUGAAAAUAUAUGUAACUAGUGCUUCUUGUAAAGCACAGUAACUAUGAAAAGAAGCAAGGUGGAGAUUGACAUAACUUGAGUCCUUUAAUAGAUAUUAUAUUAAUGAGUAAGGGUGCAGUUCCAACAUAUAGCUAUAGACCAGGGUUAGUUAUUCUGUUCCAUGGCUUGAGUUGCCCCUCAGGUUAGAAAUAUUUGUAGCUCAUUGUAAAUUAUUGUGGAAUAUGGGUUGUGAAUCUACCAUUCUAAUCAUUGUCCCCCAUGGUAGCUGUUUGCUUUGUACAGUGAUUUUCAGCCAGGGUGCUGCAACACCCUAGUGUGCCAUGGAGUGCCACAUGUUAGCAUUGUUAGCAAACGUGAUUCACAGGAGAAACCCAGAGAUUUCAAAUAGGAAUCCAUAGUGUCCAAAACAUUUGGACCUCCUGUGAUCUUUCUGAGUUGUCCGUACUAGCAGAAUUGCUCUGUUCCUUUGUGUGUAGUUCAAAAUUGAGUGGAAACUAAGAGCUGGCAUUUUCCAAAGGGUGCCUUCAGUUUGAAAAGGUUGAGAACCACUGGCUUAGUGUAAACAGUAUCUUACCAGUGUUUUGCCACUGGUGGCAAAGUGCUACCAUAGUGCCUAAUGAGGGUAGCUCCCUUUGGACAGCUGGUUCUGUCUGGUUUGGACCCCAGUGUAACUUAUAUUGGUGCGCAAAACUGAUGUAGGUUACACCAGGGUAAGUGUGAUGGGUCUGCACCCUCAGUUGCAGGAUUGCCGCAGCCUUAAGUAAGAGGUAGCACAAACCGCCACCCUAGGAUCAGACCAGGGACUAAACAGUGACUAGGGGAAUGCCUGUUGAAUCCUGAUAUGGUGUCAUCGUGGAAGGCAAGAGGGGAGGGAGGAAAAGAGGGGUAAAUGGUGCUGAAGGUCUCUAGCAACUGUUCUGUCCUAUCUUCCUGUUUAUAGGGGGUGGUGGUUAAAUGUUUUAACUGCUUUUUAAAAAGUGUAACAAAUAAACAGCCUUAGUUUUC